AUGUCGAUUGUCACAUUACUGACACGAGUCAAUCCGAGUAUAGAUGCAUCCAAGGUCCCACCCUCGCGCUUCCAGCAGCGAAAAGGUUCGAUACUCUCAACGCAGGGCUCGCGCGAUGGCCAUGUGCAGAAGAAUAACGAACGCGACAAGGGCUUCCACGAGACACAUCACAAGCUCUUUGGCAAGGUCAAGGAAAAGGCCAAGGAGGUGACGGGUGCCAGUCACCGCCGUAAGAGCAGUAGUGGAAGCAAGACAGAUUAG